CAGACAGACAGGUGAGAUGUGUGUGUUCAGGGGUGUGCUGUUAUGUGUGUGUGUCAGUGUGUGUGUGUGUCUGAACCUGUUGAAUGAAGCCGUGACGUUCAGCGGACCGACAGGAAGUCUGUUUGGAUUCUCCGUCGACUUUCACACCUUCAACAACAAGUCCUUCGUUGUCAUUGGAGCUCCCAAAGCCGACACCAACCAAUCAGGAGUGACGAAGGGAGGGGGCGUGUUCCUCUGCCCCUGGUCACCUGGAGGCGGAGCCUGUGACAUCGUCAACUUUGACCUGAAAGGUGACGAGGACUUCAGCAGCGGCGCUCUGACCUUCAUCACCUUCAAGAGUGAGCAGUGGUUUGGAGCCUCAGUCCGAUCAGUCAGCAACACACACCUGCUGGCGUGUGCGCCACUUUCUCAUUGGAUGGCUCAGAGGCCAAGGGCGGAGUCUGGGAAAACACCUGUGGGGAACUGCCUCCUAUUGGACCAAAGUACAGGAAGGUCCGCCUCCUUCUCCCCCUGCAGAGGAGUCCUGAUGGAGGAUGACUACCGCCGCAUAGACAACCGAAACGACAAGCGUUACUGUGAGGUUGGCUUCAGCACUGACAUCACCAAG